AUGGCACAAGUGACCUCUGACAGCACACUUCCCCCUCCUGUCUCUGAUCAGGCUUUCAUGGAAGUUUCUGCUCUUGAAGCUGGAAUUCUUCAUAUGCCUUUACAGUUCGCCAUCGCCGGAGCUUCACCCUCCGAUAUUAGUAUCUGUCCUUCUCUUGCUUUCUUUCUGCGCCACUCAAAGACUGAGGCUGGCCUGGUCUUUGACUUGGGAAUACGACGCGACGUAGAGGGAUACCCACCGAUUAUACAAGAAAGUAUCAAGAAAUCCGUCCCUGUAGCCGUUGAUCAAACGGUUUCAGAAUCGCUCAGUAAAGGAGGACUCCCGGCUGAACAAGUCGAAACUGUUGUCAUUAGUCAUCUUCACUGGGACCAUGUAGGCGAUCCUGCGCCUUUUUCAAAGGCCACGUUCGUAGUGGGAGGAGCUUGUCGUAGCCUUAUUGACUCUGGCUAUCCGUCUGAUCCCAAUUCUGGAAUAAUGGAGCACUCUAUACCUCUGGAUCGCGCUCGAUUCUUGUCCCUGUCAGAUUUCAGCACCUCAAUAGGGCCUUUCCCUCGUGCACUUGAUUACUUUGGAGAUGGAAGUAUGUAUAUCAUAGAUGCACCUGGCCAUCUGGCUGGGCACGUAAACGUCCUUGCGCGAACCUCUGCAAGUGGUUCGUGGAUUUUCCUUGGCGGAGAUUCCGCCCACGAUUUCAGGCUCGUAACGGGUGAGAAGGAGGUAGCAUUCAGAUUCGAUGAGGCUGGUCAUAUGCUGUGUGCUCAUGCAAACAAGGAUGAUGCUGUGGAGACUAUUCGUCGCAUUGGGUCCCUCUUGAACAUACCCAGGGUUCAGGUUCUCAUUGCACAUGACAGUACAUGGUACAACAAGAAUAAGGGUGGCCCUGCAUUCUUUCCUGGGACCAUCCCAUCGCUUUGAAUGAUUACCUCCUGAUAUCGUUGUUUCAAGGGUGAUUUU